CGGGUGUGGCAGCCCCGCCUCGCGGCUGCCUGACCGCCCGUCCCAGGUUAGGCUGCGCCUGUCAGUGGGGGCGGCGGGAUGGCGGCGCUUUACGCUUGUACCAAGUGCCACCAGCGCUUCUCCUUCGAGGCGCUGAGCCAGGGGCAGCAGCUGUGCAAGGAGUGUCGAAUUGCGCAUCCCAUUGUCAAGUGCACGUACUGCAGGACCGAGUUCCAACAGGAAAGCAAAACCAACACAAUAUGCAAGAAAUGUGCUCAGAACGUGAAACUCUAUGGAACGCCAAAACCAUGCCAGUACUGCAACAUAAUAGCGGCAUUUAUUGGCAACAAGUGCCAGCGCUGUACGAACUCAGAGAAGAAGUAUGGGCCACCUCUCUCCUGUGAACAGUGCAAGCAACAGUGUGCAUUCGACAGGAAGGAUGAUAGAAAGAAGGUGGAUGGGAAGCUGCUGUGCUGGCUGUGUACGUUGUCCUACAAACGGGUCCUACAGAAGACCAAAGAGCAACGCAAACAUCUAAGCAGCUCUUCACGGACGAGCCUGCAAGAGAAGGAGCAGUUCAGCAGGCUCAGCAGUGGCAGCCACUACAACAGCCAGAAAACCUUAUCCACCUCCUCUAUUCAGAAUGAAAUUCCAAAGAAGAAACCCAAGUUUGAGGCCAUAUCAGCCAAUGGUGACAGCGUUCCUUCCUCUCCCGAGAUGCUUUGCCCCCCUACCCAGAGUGCCCCGUCCGUGUUGGUGCAGUGGGCUGCUUCCCAACAGAGUCCCGGUGCCCAUCAUUAUCCUGUUUCUCAAGGCACUGACGUCCUGAACUUUUCUCCAGACCUUGCCCUGGACUCCCCUGGCACGGACCACUUCGUUAUUAUUGCCCAGCUGAAGGAAGAAGUGGCCACUCUGAAAAAGAUGCUGCACCAGAAGGAUCAGAUGAUCUUGGAGAAAGAGAAGAAGAUCACAGAGCUAAAGGCCGACCUGCAGUACCAGGAAUCCCAGAUGAGGGCAAAAAUGAACCAAAUGGAGAAGACACACAAGGAAGUCAUGGAGCAGUUACAGGCCAAGAACAGAGAACUCCUGAAGCAAGCAGCUGCCCUAUCCAAGGGCAAAAAGCCUGAGAAGUCAGGAGCAAUAACCUCCCCUUAAAACAAAAACAAACUGGGAGCUUCCCCAGCAUUAACCCAGGAGGCCUGUCUGUUCGGCUGGAAUCCAACCUCAGUCUUGUUACUAUCCUAUCGCUAUGGACUCGAUGGAACGCCUGGUGUGUGUUGCCUUUCGACAGCAUGGUUGAGUGUGUCUGGUUUCAAUAUCUGUUGAAUACUGUUAUAUAGUAUAGUGAUCCACAGGGAGCGGUGCCCCCACACAUCUUGCUGUCCCCCGUGCCCUGGAACGAAUGGUCUCCAGAAGAGACCCUGUUUGGAAAACAGGUAUUACCACUGCCACUUCCUACAUUAGAAACCAGGGAUCCUGUGAUACUGGAGACCCGUCUCUGCAGUUUAAAAUCUGCUGGUCUGAGGCACAAUCAGUUGUUGGCUGGUUUUCAGGCUUACCAAGAGCUUUGGGGGCACAGUGAGAGCUUUAUUUUCAAGUGUUUUGUUCCUUCUUUCAAUGGAAGCUCUUAAAUCGCCUUCCCCAAAGGGAGCAGGAGGCUGCACGCCGAUCUGCCUGGAGCGGUUACGCUACCUUUCAAAACCUGUUCCAGAAUCCAGGCUAUAGAUUUCUCUUGGGUUUUUAAAAUAUUGGCUUGGCAAACCUAACUGCCUGUUUUGAUAACUUUUGGUUUGAGAGUCUUACAGAAUAAUUGUGCAUAACCAUAUGGUGGCCCUGUGGGGCUCUGGUUAGUGGCUUGGGCUAAUCUAACUUCUCUGGCACGGCCUUCUGCAGUAAAGGCAGAAGGAGAGCUUGAGGCUCUAUUAGACGCGCUCUCCCCUCCCAAGUCCCGGAUCAAGUUGAUCCUUUUAUAUCUUCUCCUCUCCACCCCACUUCACUAACAUCAGAUGUUACAAGAAGUGAGUUCAGUCAGGUCAAUAGUGACACAAAGUAGGAAGUGCUUCUUGGGUGCUGGGCAGAGAAGCCCCCAACCUCCAUUCCCAACAAAAGCCAGCAGGAUAAAAGAGCUGAGAAGGUUCUCUGCUUUUCUGAAACAAUCUGACUUCAGAGGCAAAGAGGCCAUAAACAGCUCCAGUAAGGUCAGCUGGAAUGUGUAUUUCCAACCCACCCUCAUUAGAGGAGAGCUGAGCUCUGCAGCUGUCUGAGCCCUGCCCUCAGGGCAUCUCUUAGAGGGGGAAAAAAGCACUCUGCCAUUAGGGGGAAAUGCGCAGAUGGGCUCUCAAGUCAGCAGGUUCCAGGCCAGGUUACUCCAUGGAAUCCCACUGGCCAGCCCUAUUCACACAAGGUGAAGAGAGAGCUCAGGGGUUAGAGACCCUACCUCGGGGGGAGUAGGGGAAGGAAACAACCUUAAUGUAGACAGGCACCAAAUGGAAAGAGAUGAGACACUGACCCUUUGAGACAGGGCUAGCUGCUCUAACUGGGUUUUUAUUAAUCUUUUAAGUAGAGAGUUGCAAUUUUUUUUUUUAAGAUGAAUUUAUUCAAUGGCACUUUUCAGAUGUUAGCUUUGAGCGUGGAAGAGCACACUGAAGCAUCAGAUACUGUCGUGUGGUUUUUGUUUUUGUUUUUAAAAAGACUUUAGGAUGCUGAGAAAUCUUUGCACUCUGCCAGAGUGUGACAGCCGGAAAAAAAAAAAAAACCACCUAAUUUUAUACUUCACAUAUUUUUAGAAAAAGUCUGAAAUGUAUCAAUAGGAUUUUUUUUAAAAAUGGGGGCUUUGCUUCUUAGCUUCCCUCAGGACACAGAAAUAAUAGAGGGAGAAGGGCCUUGUAUAUACAAUGUUGUUGUUUUUUUAAUUGUGACACAUUGAUCAUGCAACUGAGUAGCUGAUGGUUUGUAGUAAUAACGUUGUUUCUUUGUAUGUUUGUAAUAAUGGAGAUUUUAAAGGGAUGCUUUGAUUUGUACAAAACUCUGACAAACGUUAAAAGUGUUUUAAACAAAA